AUGCUGUUGACCAUGGCAUCUCAGGAUGCUCAGAACCUCUUCCAGCCUCUCUCUUCCUGGAUAUCUCGGGUUUAUGAAGCUCUCCAGCAAGCAGGAGAUACGUUAUCUGCUUUGCUGGUUAACUUCAACAAACAAGACUCUAAAUUGAGUGACAAGCUAGACCAGGACUUAGAUGAUAUUCAGAUUCAGGAAACUUACUUUGAAGAUGAAGAACAAAGCAAUUGGAGUCAAGAGGACAUAAAUUCCUUGUUUCUUGAAGUGGAUCAUUUCUCCUGUUGUAAUAGUGAUUUGCAGGACUCUGCCCAAAGUUCAAGCCCCAGACUUAGCCAGCAUGCAAAGGACUCCUGUUCCAUAGUGACCCAGUGGCCCAAUCAGACCCUUGAUAACCAAAAGCCACCACAUGUGCUUUCUUCUAUUGCCAAGGAAGAACAUCACCUUGAAAAGCAAAGGAGUGGCCUUCAACAGGGCUUUGACAGCUACCUUUCUGGUAUUUUAGAAAACGUUAAUGGAAAAAUGCAAGUAAACAACUUUGGAGAUGAUGAGGAGCUGCCCACAUCUUCUGACAGCGAUGAGGAGGUUAUCAAACAGUUUGAGAUUUCUGUGUCCCGGUCCCAGAGUUAUCGCUCAGGAGCAUCUCAGAGAGGAAAGCAGACAGGACUGGAGCGUAAACCAAAACCCAGCCGCUGGCUUCCCACCCACGAAGAGGCCAGCACAGAAGUGUCUGCCUGCGCAGGUUUGGAUGGAGCCAGCCAACUGACUUAUUCUGAGAAUCUGCCUUAUGGUGAAGAUGACCCCAUCUCUGCCCUCUCACAGUCCCCUUGUGAGGUGGGGGACACCAGGCACCAUGGCACAUCUCACCAAGAGACCAUCGCGGUCCAUAGCCUCGGCCGACAUUGCACACAGGGCAGCUUGGAGAUGGAGACAGCUUUUAAUAACCGGAGAUUUGAAGAUUCCUAUGCCGCUGGCAGCUCCUCCGUCUGGUGUCCAGAGGAGCAGGACGGAACCAAUUUUCAAGUGCCAUCUGGGGUCCCGGAGCCCGUCUCAAAAUGUGGUGGCCUGGAUGUCAUCUUUGAAUAUAGAGCUGCCAGCCAGAAGCUCACAGUGACCAUCGUAAGAGCACAGGGCCUCCCGGAUAAGGACCGAAGUGGCAUCAGCUCCUGGCAAGUGCAUGUCGUGCUGCUGCCCAGUAAGAAACAGAGGGGCAGGACGAACAUACAGAGAGGGCCCAACCCCGUCUUCAAGGAGAAAGUCACCUUCGCCAAGCUGGAGCCCAGAGAUGUGCCUGCUUGUGCUGUCCGCUUCCGCCUGUACGCCACCCGCAAGAUGACCUGGGAGAGAAUGAUGGGCGAGAGGCUCUUCUAUCUCAGCCACCUGCACCAAGAAGGGGAAAUGAAAGUGACUCUGGUUCUGGAGCCAAGAAGUAAUAUCAGUAGUGGAGAGUCUCCGCUCAGCCCAUCUGCAGUUUCUCACAGUGACAGUGCUUCAUCCACGCAGUCGCUGUCGCAUGGAGGGGCGCCAGAGCUGUUGGUGGGGCUGUCAUACAAUGCCACAACGGGGCGAUUGUCCGUGGAGAUGAUCAAAGGCAGCCAUUUCCGAAACCUCGCGGUUAACAGAGUGCCUGGGAGAAGGAAAUCGAACUUAGAAGGAAGUAGUGAAGUGCAAGAAAGGAAAAUGAACAACAAGAACAAAACAGAUCAACAUGUAGGUAAAGAUACAUAUGGAAAGCUCUUUCUUCUCAGUUCUGUGGGUCAAGAGAUGUCCCGCUGCAAGACAUCCAUCCGACGUGGUCAGCCCAAUCCUGUCUAUAAGGAGACCUUUGUUUUCCAGGUGGCCCUCUUUCAGCUCUCUGACGUUACAUUGAUGAUUUCUGUGUAUAACAGGCGUACCAUGAAGCGUAAAGAGAUGAUUGGUUGGAUUGCUCUGGGUCAAAACAGUAGUGGAGAGGAGGAACAAGACCAUUGGGAGGAAAUGAAGGAGACCAAAGGGCAGCAGGUCUGCAGGUGGCACACUUUACUCGAAUCCUAGGUUUGCCAAGAGGUGUUUGUGGGCUAUACCUACCCUGGUGACCCGUGUUUUGAGUACUGAUACCAACUCAGUGCUUGCUGGCAGGCUUUUUUUAAAGACAGGCUUUAAGUAGGGAUUGGAUUCUACUAGACCCUAGGACAUUCUGGGGGUGGAAGGAUCUUUGGGUUUCUCAAAGGUUUGAUUUGGAUUUAAAUACUGUAAUUUUUUUUAAAAAGCCCAUAUGCACUGUCGAGUAUACUUUAUUGGAAAUGUUAUUGUAGUUGAGAUGAAUGAUGUUGAGUUAAUUUCUGUUAAUAGGUUAUUAAAUUUUGGUUCAGGCUAUGGAAUGAAGCUUCUCUGGCUGUCUCUGCUCCCUUAGAUUGCAAGGGAGAUGUGAAAAGUUACUGUUUGUAACCACUUGUGUGUAGGAAUCAGAAUUUUCUUAGUAUGGGGCAAAAUACUCCAAAAUACAGAAAUGAAUCUGACGCCGAGGCUCAUAGAAGAAUGUAACUGUCAUCCAUAAUCCCCUAUUUCAUGUUUUUCUCUUUAUAAAAAAAACCCUUCAUUUAUUUGCCUAACAAAUAAAUGGUAAAAACUUACACUUAUAAAGCAAAUUUGUAUGAAUUAAAUACCUCUUUGUUUAUCUCAA